AUGACUAAAGUUAAGGCCCGCGAUUUGAGGGGAAAAAAGAAGGAAGAAUUGAUGAAGCAACUUGAUGAACAGAAGACGGAACUUGCUUCACUUCAGGUAUCAAAAGUAGUCGGUGGAGGUGCUUCGAAACUUUCGAAGAUUCGUACUGUCCGUAAGAACAUUGCUCGCAUUUUGACAGUCAUCAAUCAGACACAGAAGCAGGAAUUGAGGAAGUUCUACAAGGGAAAACAUUUCAAACCACUGGAUAUUCGACCAAAGAAAACACGAGCAAUGCGUCGAGCGCUGACUAAGCACGAAGCGAAUUUGAAAACAAAAAAACAGCUUGCCAAACUUCGCAAGUACCCGAUGAGGAAAUAUGCUGUAAAAGCAUAA